CGCGUGCUGCGAAGGCCCUUGAAGAGGCCGAAGAGAAGGAGAGCCGUUCGUCUAAGGCUCUUGAGGAGGCGAAUGCGGAGUGCAUUCGUUUGGAUAAAGUUGUUGCCAGCCUUCAGGCUGAGGUUCAGGCCCGGGAGGCCGCGGUUACAGACCUUACUGCCCGCAUGUCGGUUGCGGAGGAGCGGGCUGAUGCCGCUGUUGAGGCCAAGGAUGGCUUGGUGUCCUCUUUUGACCAGUUGAAGGCUGACCGUGAGUGGUUGCGGACUCACGGUAUCGCGCGUAUUGUUGAGGCUAUCAUGGAUGCCCCUGAGACCGCAGCUGGCUUGGACUUGGUCAAGCAGCGUGCUCGUGACGCUGGUUUUAAAGCUGGUUAUAACCGCUGUAUUUCCCAUAUGAACGUCAUGUCUAUAGGCGGUGAGAUCGAAGAGCGGUCCGGCUUCCGGGAUGUGGAUACCGAGUCGCUUCUUAACGCGGCCGAAGUCUCCUUUUAUGAUACGUCCCUUGGCUGUGUAGAAGAACUGGACAACUGUUUGGAGGCUGCGGACUAUGUUGAUCGACUGCGGAUGCUGUAUCCGGAUGCGGAAGAGGAAGAUCCCGCUGGUGGUGCCGGAGGAGAUGCAGGAACCAGCGGCACAAAAUAG